AUGAAGAACUUCGAUGAGAUGCUAGGGAAGGCCGCUAGUUACAUCAACGUAGAAGAAGUCCAGGCGGCUCGGCGGAAAGCGGGCAAGGCGCCUGCUCCUGCCAACAAACCGGAGAAGAUGCCGCCCCAAAUCGCCAUCUCAGCCUCUUUCGCGUGCCAGGGAUUCCCGAUCGGGAUUCUUGCCCAAGUAGGACUCUCGGAUGGCCCAAAGGGUAGAAGCUGCCCAAGCCCUAAGCCCCGGUUAAUGGAACCUCGCUAUUGCACUUACCACCGAUCUCACACUCAUGCCACUGGGGAUUGUGCCCAGUUUGCCCGUGACUCUCGGCGCACAGUUGAACUUGGUCAGGGAAGCCAGCAGCCAGACCAGGUCAAGGAGUUAGGGGAAUCCUUGGAGGAGGAAAAUAGGGGAAAUGCGACCAUCCGAGAGAUCAGCAUGAUCUUCGGAGGGCCCGCGGACGGAGAUUCCGCUAGGGCUUGGAAAUCUCAUGAACGCCACCUGGAGAUAUAUGCCGUAAGAUACAAUCGGGAACAAGCUACCGGACCCAUGAUCAAUUUUAGGCCGCAAGACCUGGAGGGGUUGGAGCUCCCACAUGAUGAUGCUCUAAAAAUCAGAGCCGUCAUAUCCAACAGUCGCGUGGCUAGAGUUUUCGUUGAUACUAGAAGCUCUGUCAACGUGCUAUUUAGGAAUGCAUUCGAGGGCAUGCAGAUCGAUGCCAGUGAGCUCCAGCCCGUGGCCACUUCAUUAUAUGGCUUCACCAGCAAUGAAGGAAGACUCAUGGGCCAAAUUAAGCUAGCCAUCUCUCUAGGUAGCGAACCCCUAUUGAGGACGCGAAGAAGCACUUUCAUUGUGGUGGAUUCGCCAUCCUCCUACAACGUCAUCCUAGGAAGACCGACAUUGCACGAAUUUUGGGCGAUAGUCUCCAUAUUUCAUCAAAAGAUUAAAUUCCAUGUGGGAGAUCAGGUCGGGAAAGUCAGAGGAGAGCAACUAGUCUCUCGCAAAUGUUACAUCGACAUGGUAAAAGUGGAGGCUUGUAAAGCUCAAAUAACUCAGGAUGGCAGGAUCCACGUCAUCCAAGAGGAGCCUCUACCCAUAGUAGAGGAACCCAUCCCUUGGGAGGAGGUCUAG